UAUUAUUUGUCAAAUGUACACACUUGUGAAUUAUUGAUAACAAAAAUAAUUGUAACUUUAAUGAUGAAAGUGAUGUAAAACAAUUUGAUUUGGGACGGCAACAUUUAAUAAUAAUAGUUGCAACAUUGCCCAACAAGUUUAUUGCAUUUAAAUCCACACUUUUUAUUCAACAUUUCCUCAAAAUCAAUGUAAAACUCUUCCAUCGGCAAGUGAAACAUCAACUUUUCUUAUAAAAUAAGUUUAAUUUAGUUAAUAACGAUGUCAUGUGGAAUUCACAAAGCCCUUUGGGUUGUUGUCACUAUAAUCAUAUCUAUCUGUGAUCUCCUCGACUUGUGUAUUCGCAAAUUGAAGGCAUUGUGCAUGCGGUCAUAUGACUCAAUUUUUCAUGGUCAAGGUUCAUAUGAGAUUGAUUAUCUAGAACGAUGUAAGCCAGAACUCACAAAGAUUCCAAAGCAUCUCAGCAUCGUAGUCGGACCGGACAGUGACACCGAUUCGGAGAUACUCUCGAAGAUUGCAGCUUAUGCGCUAAUUAUGGACAUCGAUUACAUCAGCUUUUUCGAUGUUCGAGGAGUGUUUAGCUUAGAGCAGGUUCAUGUUCCCAAAUUUAUCUCCAGCAAAAAGAUGCGAAAUGGACACUUCUUAUGGUCAAUGCCGGGCGAUCGAAGUAAAACAGCUCAGUUAAAGUACAGGAACGGUCUGGAAAAGUCAAUAGAGGUUGCAGUACUAAGUAAAAACGAUGGAAAAGCAUUAAUUGCCGAAGUGUGUAGAGAUCUAUUUGAAAAACGAAAUACUACAGAGAUUCAGGAAGCUCUCAAAGAUCGGCCAAGUUUAACAAAUAUAAUUUCAAAGUCUCUCCAGAAGAAACUCAAUAACAUGACCGAUCCGGAUUGUGCGAUAAUAUUUAGCAACCAUAUGUGCACAUACGGACUGUUGCCCUGGCAUACAGGAUUUACAGAGUUUCAUUUAAUUAAGACUGGUAGUUACUUUAGUGUGGAAACAUUUGCGAGAGUUUUGUAUCGGUUUUCAAAGUGCGAACAACGCUAUGGUCAUUAGGAGGGGGCUAUAAAUUAAUUAUACAUUUAUUAUGUAGAUGCAAUUUUUGUCCUGUUCAUAGAAACUUAAAUUAAGAAAUUUGUAAUAUAUGUAUUAAAUAAGAAAAACAUGUUAAGAACGAAAGUUGAA